UCGCCCCGCUUUCAGUCUGUCUCGUCGGAACCCUUAUCGGCGAUCGUAUCUGGGACCACAGCGCACAGCUCUUGCCGAGGAUCCGCCAGGCAGCACUGCUUGGCGUCGCGCGCCGCCUUCUCGCCCAAGCAGCUCCACCUGCACCACCUGGUGCGGCCCUGGGCCUCGCGCCGCCAGCCCUCCUCUCCCGACGGCNNGCGCAGUGGCCUGAGCGGCAGCAUGUUCCCCGGGCGACGCACGCUGGCGCCCGCGCCGCGCACGCGCAUCGAGCUGCACGCGCACCUGGACGGCUGCGUGCGCCACGAGACCAUCUGGGAGCUCAUGCGGUCGAAGAAGAUGAAGAUGCCGGGCGACGGCACGUUCCACGCGCUGCAGGAGGCGCUGGUGGUGCGCGACCCCGUCGACCUGGCGCACUUCCUCGAGCCCUUCAACAUCUUCUCGCGCGCCAUCGCGCGUGGAAACGUGGUGUUUAAAACAGAAGACGUCAAGGCCGUGGACGACUACUUAGCGGAGCGCAUAGGUCACGGGUACCACGUCGUAAAGGAUAACUCCGUGUACAAAAUGUGCCAGGAGCGCGACAUUCACUUCGAAUGCUGCCCUUGGUCGUCAUUGCUGACAGGUUCCGUCAACCCAGGCAUUUCGAAGCAUCCCAUCGCCAGGUUUGCCGAAGAUGAAGUAAACUUCUCUCUGAACACCGACGAUACUACAAUCACCGGGAUGACCCUGCAGAACGACUAUGACCUAGCAGGCUCUUGGGGCCUCACAGAAGCACAUGUGAUUCGUGCGAACAUCAACGCGCUGCGCUGCAGCUUCCUGCCGCAGAAGGACAAGGACGCGCUUAUGAGCCGCUUGCUCGACAGCCUGGGCGUGAUUCCCGAACGCAAGGCCAAGUGAACAGCGCGCGAGCCGACUCUCGCUUUGCUCGGCGGCCCCCACCCCCACCCCUUCUCAUCCACACACACUCGCCAGGUCACGCCCCGCACUGCCCAACGAUCCUUCCGAGGAGUUCGUGGGUGAGGCCGGACUUCUGUUGCCCGAAGACACUCACGAAUAUCACGUGACGCUCGUCUCUUGUUGGUGUAAUGGCUGCCACAUCUCGCUUUCGCUUCGUCGCGCAAAUAUCGUUGAAAAUUGGUCGGAAAAUAACUAUAUGUUAAGGUGCGUAAUGGCAGUUUGACUUAAUUUCGGAAAAAGUUAAAAAAUUCAAAGUUUCAACGUAGUUGUUAUCCCAUAGUGAGGAUGGUUUCGUACUGAGUUUGUUAAACACAAAACAAUAGCUUCCGUCGAAGAUCAGUGGAUGGAAUGAAACCCCAUACGAAAUAAAAAACAAUUUUAUUUUUUGUUGAUGUGAGAAGUGCAACUAUCUAAUUAGAGUUUCAUGUUUGUAUUAUAUAAUUUUAAUCAGAAUUAUAAAAAUAAUUCGCAGAUAUAAUGAAUAUUUGUGAUUGUUUUGUGUAAAUGUAUGCCCUUGCUAUUAUUCUCUAUUUUACCAAUUAAACUGUUCCAUAACUUGUUACAUCAUUUUAUAACUUCCAUUUCAAUUUGUCUGUGCCCAACAGGUUUUUUACCUUUGACAAUAUAAUUUCAAAAAAACAUGUACAUAUACUCUUAAAAGUGCAUGUAUGAUCAUCCCUUGAUUUUACAAAAUGGCUUUUGUUAACCGGGGGCGCUUCUGUCAAGGAAGAAUGCGGGAGAGAGAACCCGAAAUCUACAGAUUUCAUAUUGUAAAUAUGAAAUCUACAGAUUUCAUAUUGUAAAUAUUUUUUGAAAUUAAAUAAUAUUUUAAGGCAUUCAUUUUAUAUCUUCGUAACCAUUUUAUUAUAUCCUUAUAUCCAUGAAUAUCUUCGUAUCUAUUUUGUUUUAUCGAAUUCGUCGUGUAUGUAGAGAAUGUAUUGUAAUGCUACAAAAAAUAGAUGUUGAGCUUUUGACGGAAAUACACGCUUUAGAGCUUCCUGAUGUCCAAAAAAUGAUUUUAUUCAAAAUUCUGUCCGACUGUAGCCAUUACUAGCGCCUAAAGCAAAUCUAGAAGUUUGUCCCAAAAUGGAUACUUCCCAAUCUGUUCCGACUCAAAACCUUGAGAAUUUGAUUUUUUUUUUUUUAUUUCUGUUAAUAUCUUGAUACCUAUUUUUUGCAUCAUAACAUAACUAGCUCUAUACUACUUACAAGAGGAAGUAACAUGUUUGUACCAUUACUUCAUCUUCCUCUACUCUUUUAAGUUGGAUUA